AUGUCAGACACUAACCGUACACUACCUAUCCCCCAGAACUUCGCAAAUGCACCCAAAUCAAACCAUGAAAGCUCAUGCAACCCAAUCGAUUCCUCUCGCAAACUUCCUGUCGUCAUAGAAAUUCACAACUCUCUCCAACUUGAGAACGGUUCCACCGAUGCUGUUACGAAUGGUCAUGUCAACCACGAACUAUACACUCUUCGUUUAGUUACAACGGAUGAUGAGCGCAAGGAAGUUUUCCGGCAAGACUUUGACGCUCCUCGGUUGUUCGAAUUUCUCAAACAGCUUGAUCGAACUAGCAAGCUUGUUACCGCAGAUCGAUACUUCAGCCGCAUCCCGACAGCAUGCUACCAGGCCACAAUCCAGUACUCAACCGAAAGGCAACGUUUAAUCCUAGAGGUGAUCACUCUUUGGAAAGACUCGCUUGAGAUUCCGGAGUUUACCUACCUGCAAGAUCCGGUUUUGGAAGUUUUUGCCAAGUACGCUCUGAACGAGCAUUAUGAUCGUCCGCUUGGGCCUGACGGUCAACGGGAGCAUCGUGAAAAACUUCUAGGGUACUCUCGAAAUUGGACCCCGCGAGAGUUCUAUGAAAGUGUUCACGUCCCGCAAGAUAAAGAAAAUGCAUCGGCGAAGAUAAAAUGCCCCGACCUUGUCUGUGAACUAUUUCCUUUCCAGAGGAGGGCUGUGAGGUGGCUAUUAUGGCGUGAAGGAAUGGGCUUUGGACAAGAUGGCAAUGUGAUCCCGAUCGAUAGGUCCGCCAGCGACAAACUCCCGGCAUCAUUUAAACAAAUGAAAGACGCCGACGGCCAAGUUUGCUAUUUCAGUCAUCUCUUCAUGACGAUCACUCGCGAUGUAUCUCAGUGGAUCGAUGCUGCAGACAGUUUGCGAGGUGGUAUUCUUGCGGAGGAGAUGGGGCUAGGGAAAACAGUUGAAAUGAUUGCAUUGAUGAGUUUGAACCGACGCCCUGAGAAAGUGAAAUCCGAUCCAGAUGGACUACGAAUAUCUGGCGCUACUUUGAUCAUAACGCCACCUGCAAUCCUGGAGCAGUGGAAACAAGAACUUGAACAGCAUGCCCCAAAGCUUCGUGUGCACCACUAUACAGGGAUCAAACGCGGCCAGGAUCAAACGGAUGACCUGAUCAUUGAGGAAAUCGCUGGUUUUGACGUUGUUCUGACUACCUACAAUGUGAUUUCGCGAGAGAUUCACUAUGCCGGUGCCGCUCCAGCACGCAGUCUACGACACCAGAAGAGGUUCGAGCCCCGAAAGACCCCCUUGGUCCGUAUCUUAUGGUGGCGCGUUUGUCUGGACGAGGCUCAGAUGAUUGAAAGUGGGGUUAGCAAUGCCGCGAAAGUGGCUCGUUUGAUUCCCCGCCAGAAUGCAUGGGCUGUCACGGGUACGCCGCUUCGCAAGAACAUUGACGACCUUUUUGGUCUUCUGCUGUUCCUGCAUUACUACCCAUUCUCAAACUCAAGCCCAUUGUGGAAGCGCCUCUACUCUCGGUUCGGACCGGUGUUGGUGAAGAUUAUCAACACAAUCGCUCUUCGGCAUAGCAAAGACCGUGUUAGGGAUGAACUUCGCCUCCCACAACAGAAGCGUGUCGUGAUUACUACCCCGUUCACUGCCAUUGAGGAGCAACACUAUGGCCAAUUGUUCGAGGAAAUGUGCGAAAGCUGUGGUCUUGACGCUUCCGGGGCGCCUCUCCGGGGCGAUUGGGAUCCAGAAGAUCCAUCUACGAUUGAAAAAAUGCGCACCUGGCUUACUCGACUUCGUCAAACCUGCCUACAUCCAGAGGUCAGUGGAAGCAAUCGACGGGCUUUGGGUGCAAGCAAUGGCCCACUGCGCACCGUUGAUGAGGUACUUGAAGUCAUGAUCGAAACCACCGAUACCUCUAUCCGUACCGAGGAACGAACAUUACUCUUGUCACAACUUCGUCGAGGCCAGCUUCUCGAGAAUGCCAAACGUCGGCGAGAAUCUCUGGCAUUGUGGCAGGCAGCUUUGGAUUACUCUACCAAUCUUGUUCAAGACAGCAGAGAGCAACUUCAGUUGCAGCGUCUCAAGAACAAGGAGAACGGAACCAAUGGGAACGCAGUGGCCUGUGCCGAUAUUGCAGAUUCGGAUGAUGAGGCCGAGGAAACGGAUAAGAACAGCCGCAUCGGCCAAUGCCGCUUAAAAUUACGUGCUGCUCUUGAGGUUCAGCAUAUUGCGGUUUUUUUCACUGCAAAUGCAUAUUACCAAAUCAAGUCUGAUCCAAGUCUUACCACGCCUGACUCUGAUGAAUUCAAGGCACUCGAGAAAAAGGAAGAAGAUGCAUACGAGGCUGCGAAAGUCAUCCGUAAAGAGAUGUUGACCGAUAUCUCGAAGAAGGUGGAGCGUUACAUGCGCGCCAUAAGAGAGAAGACGCAGAAAAAGCAGUUCGUGCAUAUUCCGAAAAUGAAGCCUUACCUCUACAGCAGAGGACUGGAGACUUAUCGCCUUCUGAACAGGUUUGAAGACCUUUGCACCGCCCUGAAUUCCCACGCGGAGCAAUACAAUGCAUGGCGUGAUAUUAUGAUCAAGUUGGUAUCACAAUCGCUCAUUGACCAAGAGGAAGAGGCCGAGCUGGAGGGUAACGAAUAUGAGCGGUCAACAAAGCACCAGGAUGAGAUGUAUGUCUACAUGGAAGCUUUACGCUCCAUGUAUGCGGAUCGGCAUGACGCUCUCACUGGUCAAAAGAACAUCCUUAUUUCCCAUGAGGUAAAAGCGGGUAUCAUUCAAGCCGAAAAAGGCGAAGGACCGUCGCCUGAGCUUUUCUUGUCCAUUAUGAAUAUUCGCAGUGCGCUGAUGCCAGACCCUGAACUUGGAUCUCUUCGUGGAAUUGUCAGUGAGCUUCGCAGUCUGGUCACCUCCCUUGAGUGGCAAGCUAGCGGUGGAAGUUCACGCGCCAGCGCUGAAUUGGAAAUUGCAGGCUUAGUUCUGAAGAAUGCGGGCCAGAUGAUUGCUGAGCAGCUCAAAGUGUCAUCCAACUUGGAACGGGAGGUUGAGAUGUUCCGUGACACUAUGAAUAAUCGGCUUGAGUAUUACCGCCAUCUGCAGCAAAUUUCAGACACGGUUGCACCGUAUGAUGAAGAAAAUGCCGGGAAGCCAAUGGAUGAAGCUGUCUUCGCGGCGAAAUUGCAACAGGAAGAGGCUCUCGAAGGCAAAAUUGCGUCAUUGAAGUCCAAGCGACGGUACCUCCUUCAUCUGCAGGAUGACUCCGGGUCCGACGAUAGCUCAAGGAUUUGCAUUAUCUGCCAGUCAAGCUUCGAAGUUGGUGGGUGCAAAAUUUAG